GUGCAUUAAUUUUUGAUGAACACUUUAUGGAAAUUUUGUCAAGCGAUGGAAAUUUCUAUGUCCAUUUUUCAAAGAAAUGUAUUCCUUCAGCGGUUUGGUCUACACAAAUGAUGACUCUUUUAAAAAUAGAGAAUACACACUACACGUUUUUCCAUGUGUAUAUGUCAUAAUGGAGGGAGAAACCUCAGAAGAAUACAAAUUUGCAUUCGAAACGAUAAAGAAUGUCAUACCAGCUAUUAACAUCAAAAACAUUAUAACGAGUAAAAAUGAAAAUUUCCUUUCAGGCUUGUUGGCCAUUUUUCCCGAAGUGGAAUAUCAUGUAAAUUUAUUUAAUUAUCAGGAGGAUAUUUACAAAUUGAUAAUUAAAAAUAAUGCGGAACAUCAUGUGAUUCAAGAGGGAGAAAAUGAUAUCAAACAUUUUUUACUACGUUUGGUGGUGAUACCACUUCUACCCUCAAAUUUAAUGCUUGCGUCAUACGAGAAUUUGAAAACUAAUGCAAGCCAUGAGGUUUUAGUUGCAGUCGAGCAAAUCUUACUAAAUUAUGAGAAAAUCUAUUUGGAAGAUUUAUCGAGAGGAAAAAUUUCAGUGUACAAUAAAAUUAAGUGCACCACAAAAGUCUUGGCUGAUUAUGAAAAUUUUUUAAACACAAAAUUAGAGACCGAUCCAUCAUCACCUUGGCAGUUUACAGAGAAAUUAUCGAAACUUCACUUAAGGAUUGUUAAUGAUCAUUCAAUUAGGAAUCAUAUUAGAAAGAAAUAUUCCAUGCAUGUUCCAGCAGUCCUUGAAAAGGAGUUUAGUGCUCAAAUUGAAAGGUUGUGGGACUUAUUGGACGGAAACAAUCAUUUUGCCACUCCGAUGGAUUUUCUAAGUGAUGCAGCUUACUCCUGUUCUCAGGGAAGAGUGGAAUACUUUGCAGUGAGCAUUCAAUACUCACCUGAUGUUGAAGAAAUACCAGAAGCGUUAUUUGUUUCUGAAGUAUUAGUAAGUGAAGGAGACGAAGACUUAUCAGAUUUAUCGGAGGAGGAUCCUUUAAUAGAAAAUGGUGAUAUCGAUGAAGCAGAAAGUUCCGUGGCCGAUGGAAAAAAAACAAACAAGCGACGUAAAAGAGAUUUCAUCCCGCGAUGCUGCACCUGGAAAUCUGCCUUACCAACUUAUUGCUUAAAUACAUGUGGUCAUGUAUCACUUUGUGAUAAUUGUUGGGAAUAUUAGGGGAAUGUGGUCUUAUGUCGGCACUGUGGGUAAAGUCGGCACCCCCCUUUUUUGCAAAGAUGGUUCACAUGUCGAUUCGAAAAUUUUGUGAUUUUACAUGUUAAUAGACACGGACAUAAUUUAUGCACAAAAUUUCUAUUCUUGUUUAAUCUACUCAUCGUGAGCACGUUUUUAUUUUUUUCCACAAACUGAAUAUCAUUUUCCUCCUUUACACGGAAGUAGCUGCAGAUAAGUAAAUAUUUUGGAAAUUUCAAAUAAAUGAUUGUUCUGGUUUCUUCAUUUAAUGUUGUAACUGAUGGGUUAUGUCAAUUUUUCAAUUAAAAUUUUGUUGUUUGUGUAAUGAUGUGAAAUUUGUAUACAUUGGUGAUUGUCCUGAGUCGGCACCAAACAGGUGGUCCUUAGUCGGCACCUAUUUGUUUAUUUUUUUUAUGUUUUGACAUAUUUUUGUUUUUAUAUUUUUUGUGUUUGUUACAAACCUGAAAUAUUUAUUUAUUUAAAAAUACCGAGCUUUUGAGAUGGCUCGUAGUUCUGUGGUUUGGGGAGGCACCAAGCUGCCAAAGUUUAAAAGACCUUGUUUAAUUAUGCGGGAUCGUUUUUCCAAUUUUAAAAGUUACCGGAAUAGCUUUGUUUUAACUCUGAUAAAUAAUUAUUUCAAUUUACUUUAUUUAUUUCAGGAGUUUUAAAAUAAAUAAAAUCAGAUUUGGCAUUCACAUUAAAAUUUUAUUUUAACAAGAUAUUAAGAAAUUUACAAACUUGCACAUGUUUGAAAGAGAAUUAAAGUUGAAAGUAACAUUAAAUUAUUGAAACGAUACAGACUUACCGCUAAAAUCCUUAAUCCUACCGACAGGGCAUAAUUUCUCUUAUACGGCGCAGGUACUGCGCGUACGGACUGGCCAGUCGAGAAACAGGGAUCCUCCAUCGGGCAAAACACAAGUUGAAAGUCGAAAAUUAAGUCGUCUAUGCGACCAAUUUUUAUUUACGCGAACUCGCGAAUUAUGUGGGGCCACUGCAUUGAGACGGCGCAGGUACUACACGUACGGACUGGCCGGGUUAAGAAACAAGAUUCACAAUUGUUAAAUAUUUAAUUAAUUGGAAUCUCACUCAAAACAGCUCUCACUGGACUCCGUCGGUUAAAAGAUUCUAUUAAAUUUUUCGUCUGCCUUUCGCGUUGUACUUGAUAUGUUAUACGCGGGGGUCCGACGCGCAGACGGGCUUAGUCGCGGCAUUUCCUACUUUCUUGCGAUCAACAGAUCUGUCAGGCCGCAGCCAGGACAGGUGUUGAUCGCUUGAAGAGGAAAAUUGUACAGCAGCGAUGGAAAUAUUGCGACAAGCCUCUACUCCUUGUCCUAAUGCCAAAGUGGGGUAAAUUUGUCAACUAAGGAUUUUUAGAAUUAGAAGUAGGGAUGUUCUUGAGGCCCAUUGGACUUUGCAUUAUGCUGACUUUUCUGAUUGCAUGCAGUUUUCGUGAGAACGGAAACGGCGUUGUUAAUUUGAUACUUUUUAGAAACUAUUUUUAUAA